AUGCAAAAUAGUGAAGGUUUGAAAGGAACAAUUUAUGAGAAUUUUACGUUAGUGUACGCACUUCCACUAUCAAAUCAUGAUAACUCGUCACUUAUGCUCAUUGCGGGAUUCUAUGCUUUAUUAUUCUUAUUUGGAACUUGUGGAAACGCGGCAAUUCUAGCGGUGGUUCAUCAUGUCAAGAACCAAGAUUCCAGAACUCGCCACAAUACUACUUUAACAUAUAUAUGUGUGCUAAGUAUUGUCGAUUUUUUAUCAAUGCUUCCACUUCCAAUGACAAUACUGGAUCAGAUUCUUGGGUUCUGGAUGUUUGAUACAUUUGCGUGUAAAUUGUUCCGAUUGCUAGAGCACAUUGGGAAAAUCUUCAGUACUUUCAUUCUUGUUGCAUUUUCAAUUGACCGAUACUGCGCCGUCUGUCAUCCUCUCCAGACUCGUGUUAGAAGCGAACGAACUGUAUUCAUAUUUCUCGGUUGCAUGUUUCUUGUUACUUGCGGAAUGUUAUCUCCAAUUCUCCUAUUUGCUCAUUCAAAGGAGCUUAUCAUGCAUGAAAAGUAUGAUAUGGAGCAAGAGGUGAUCACACGAAUGCAUCUUUACAAAUGCGUUGAUGAUCUCGGAAAAGAGUUGUUUAUUGUGUUCACUUUAUAUUCAUUUGUCUUGGCAUAUUUAAUGCCACUUCUAUUCAUGAUCUACUUUUAUUACGAAAUGCUCAUUCGAUUAUUCAAGCAAGCACGAGCCAUCAAACAAACAUUGGCUGGAAGGCGCAGCACGGAAGAUAAGAAAUUGCAGAUUCCCGUUGGUCAUAUCGCAAUUUAUACGCUAGCCAUUUGUAGCUUCCAUUUUAUAUGCUGGACACCGUACUGGGUAUCUGUCUUGUAUUCUCUUUACGAGGAACUCUAUCCGUCGAAUUCGGAAAAUAGAGAACCACCAACUUAUGCAUUCAUAUAUUUUAUGUAUGGUGUUCAUGCCCUUCCUUAUAUCAAUUCCGCUUCAAAUUUCAUUCUCUAUGGGUUGCUGAAUCGUCAGCUUCAUCAAUCCUCUGUUCGGAAAAAUCAAAGGUCUGGAAAUGUUCGAGCAACAUCGCACGCAGUUACAACAAAUACACGUCCAGAAUGCAGUGAACUCAUUGCAAUACCGUCCCCACAGCGAACUGAAUCACGAUUGUCUGCACUUGACAAGAACGGCCAGGAAGGCUCCGCAUUAGUGCAUCAUACUACCGACCAGACGAUUGUGAAUAGCCGUAGCGACAUAUUGCAAUGGAUAACGCCGGAAACCGAAUCCGUGAUUUUGUAA